CGGAAUUGAACAAUUCAAACAUAUAUAUAGUGUCGUACUCUUCGCACUGUAACGCUGAUACAGAACCGCAGUGCGUGCAAGCGAGCUAUAUAACAGCACGCAGAUAACAUACAUUUGUGUACCUACCUCUCUUCAAGUGCGCAAUCUUUACCGAAGAGAAAUGAGUGAAGUGCAGGACGUUGAAAAGGAGUCAACUGGGACAGAUUCGCAGAAAACUGGGAAGGAAAAAGUAGAUGGCAGUAAGGAUAAAGAUAAAUCGAAAAAGCUUGAGGAUGCACAGGCUCCUACCCAUAAUAAAGAAGUAAAAGACCGUGCAACACUUAAAAAACUAGAGCCAGAACGCAUGGAAAUUGAAACGGAGGAGUCAGGCAAUGUGCUGGCACAAGAAGAGCAGGGCUCAACAGUAGGUAAACAGACGCACAGUGCCGCCACUGUGGACAUCAACACACUGACACCUUCGACACCGUCGCAGACGCCACCACAGCUGUUGGCAGUCGAAACGACGACAACCACGGGAACUCCCAGUGGUGUAGGAUCAGGAGCACCCAUACCGGAAAACAUACUAUCGCCACCCAAGUCGGAAACACAAACAGAUGAAACAAACACAGCGACAUCGACGUCGUGCUCUCCGGCUUCAGAUGGGCAGAGGUCCCCGGUAACGCCUGUAACGAAUAAGCCGCCUGCUCAGAAGGAGUCGGUGACCCAAAAGCAAGAGCAGGUACCCGCAGCCAUAAACGGCACUAUACCAAAGUCGGGUAAACCACUAGUGACAGCACUCAACCAGAAAAUGGGCAAGGCAUUUGCAUCUACAUCUCCGCGAGCAUCGCGUACUCGCAAACCUAAAGCCUUGCCCAUGUACGAAAGUGAGAUCAGUGACAACAAAGUGGGAAUAAAGCUGUGCAUAAAGAAAUCUGAUACUAUUAGCCCGGCAGAGCCAGCGGUUGCAGCGCCGCCGGCGGCGGUUAUCGCGCCACCACACCGGCCACCGGCCACUUCAAAAGCAGCUAGGAAGCGAGUACGCAAACCCAAGAAACAGGAUAGCGACGAGAGUGAGUAUGAGCCACGAAAAAAGAAAGGCGGUGGAGGCGGUAACAACAAUGGUGAUCGUCAGAAGAAGGCCUCUAUUAGUGGCACUCAGCAAGCGGAGAUGUCGCGGGAACCGGUGGAGCAAACCGUCUGGGGCCAGAAAUUACCUGAAGAAGUUCUAUUUCGUAUUUUCGAACUUGUUGUCGAUAAGGAGGGCUGCUUGCCCACAUUAUUCCGAUUAGGGCGUGUUUGUUCGCUCUGGAGACAGGUUUCUCUUAGGCCUACUUUGUGGCGCACAAUGGAUCUGACUACCUGGAUUAAGGAAAAAUAUCGCACAGAGCUUAAACUGAAGUGGUUUGUGGAUAAUCGUUGCAGUGCCUGCACUGAAUUGAAUAUUGCCAAUUGGAAAAUAACUGACAUCAAUUGUUUCUUGGCAAAAUUGUCCAAUGGUUGCCCCAAUCUAGUAGGCAUUACGCUAUCCGGCUGGAAAGGUUUCACUUCGGACCAUCUAACUUUUUUAGUGGAUAAUAUGCAAAAGCUAGAACGACUGGAUCUGAGUUCAAUCAACGUGGAAAUGAAUGCUAGCAAGAGCGCUGUUGGUGUCAAUUCCCUGUGCAAUGCUCUUCAGACAAUGGGAAGUCGGUUGACCCAUCUUCACUUAGCGCAUAAUCGAUUGGCAGGCAUACCACAAAUUGUUAGCAUACUUUCAACACACUGUCCAAAUCUGGCGCUUUUGGAUCUCUCAAACGUUACCACACAGGCCACAUCCCAUGGCGUGCUGCACAUUGAGAAGCUGCAAAAUGGCUGCCAAAAGCUUAAGGUGCUGCGUGUCACCAACUCACACAUAACGCCCAGUACAGCAAGUCUGCAGGAAACCAUAGACUCACCCGGCUUUCCUAAUCUCGAAGAACUCUCUGUGGCAGCUCUGACCGAUGAGUCGCGCAUUAUAGGCGACGACCACUUACAACGCAUCCUAAAAAGCAGUUCUAAAUUAAAGCUGCUAGAUGUGCGCAACUGCACGCGUUUAACGCAUGAGUCUCUUAUUCGUUUGCCGGCCUGGGACAUCAAGCAUUUAUUCUUGUCGGGUUGCUCGGUGACGCGCGAUGUUGGAUCUGGGCUGGAGCUUAUUGCUUCUAAAUGGGCACAUAGCCUUAUUGAGUUAGAUCUGGCCUGGGCUAACGUGCAACAAACGAUAGACAAUGCUUUGCGCGCCUUGGCUGAAAAGGGUAGCGAAUCCCCUCUAGCUCAUCUAAAUCUAUGUGGAUCUUCCGUCUCGGAGGAGGCAGUCAAGGAAAUACUCACCAAUUGCGUGAAUAUGAGCUCGAUAAAUUUGGCAUCGUGCCGUGGACUCCCACGCGGGGUUAAGCGUCUAAUGCAGGGACCACAGGAGCUACAUGAGUUACGUGAAGUGCUAAAGGUGCAAUUAAAAGUGCAAAAAGACAGCAGUGGGAGCAAUUAAUAUUAUUCGCAACUAAUUUUUAGAACUAAACAUCUCACUCACAACCAAACAGCCACACAUCAAACAGCUACAGCGAAAACAAUGUAGACAGGUUUUAUUGUUACAGAGCCGCCUUGGUGGCUAAUGCUGCUGCUCUUUCAGGCGGCAGUUUAAAUGAAAUUUAAAUUGUUGCAUCCUUCUACAAAAAAAAAAACAGAUCGUUUUUGUUGUUUGUAGUGUAGAACCUGCAAUAUUGCAAAAUGUAUUCACAAUCGCUUACAUCUUCCAAUGAUGCGUAUUUUGUUUCUAGAACGUAUAUAAAAAUAUACAAACAUAUUUAAAUACUUUUAGCAACUUAGUCAACCGUCGCACCAAAAGUGCGACUGCUUCCCUUAACCAAACCCACUAAGCAGCUAAUUAUUCAUAUUAUCCAGGGCAGCUACGCACGGAUUUACGCUCUGCGAACUCGCCCUUUGUGUAAAUGCAAUAUUAAUAUAAAUGACUUUUUUCGAAUUUUAACGGAAAACCAUUAAAUUUUCGCCACAUUGACUAAACAUUCAAGGACAUUUAAACUGAUGAUUACUUAAUUUUUUUUUUCAAAUCGCAUAAAUGGUAGCUAAGUCAAACCGUCGUUUGUAAAGUUUGUAUGUAUUUGUAAAAUUAAGUUAAAUUCGUAUGGUUUUGUAUGGAUUUCCAAAAUGAAAUUAUUUACAAAAAAAAAAAA